UCUUGGCUAUUUUCACAAGAGUGUCAAAUUCUGACUUUUUUGAUGGUUUUGAUAACAGAUUCUGUAAUCCUAUGUCUUUUUUGCUAAAAUAAUAAAAUUUACACGCUAGAGAAGUAAGAAAACGUGAAAUAAAUCUUAUUAAAGUGAGUAAAUAUCGUGCUACGGUUGUUGCGGCAGUGGUAUUUUUCUGUCCAGAAAAAUAAAUGUUUGGACCGUAACAGUGUUGAGUGACAAGCUAUGAUUUCGAUGACAUUUUGAAAAGUGAAAAAAAUACUGGGCGAUAUCUGCAAAAAACUUUUAACACAGUCGCCGGCUCCAUCCCUACUGGCUACUAUUGUACUUGACAUGCUGCUGUGUGCUUCUUUGUAAACCUUUAAUUAUCAUAUUGUAAAAACUGCUUUCCAACUUCGGAGAAAAAAUGGAUAUGGUAAUUCGUUGGAAAUAGUCAAUACACGUCUGGUAAACAUAAAACAUAAUGACGUUCGACACAGGUGGACGAUCUUCGGACUCACCUGAGGAACAUAGCAAUUCACAGUCUUCGGUCAACGCAGAAAAUUCCAGCUCGGAUGAGGUUUCACGGUUUCCAGAAGACAAGUUGGCCUCACUUAACAUAAAGAUAUCUAGUUCGCGAUGGGUGGUACCAGUGUUGCCGAAUCAGGAGUUGGAAUUAUUAUUAAAUGCGGCUAUAAGACUUUCUCAAGCUGGAAUCGAUGGUGAUUGUUCACCAUGUGUUAAAUUCUACCGAGAUGGACUUUCAACAUCAUUUAUCAAAAUUUUAACUGAUGAAGCAGUCUCGUCAUGGAAAUACAAUAUUCAUCAUUGCAUUUUAAUGUCAUGCAGCAAAUUGCUCCACUUGAUUUCGCUGCACAUGAAACGAGACAAUUAUCAUCUUUUGAAACUGCUAUCGGUUGUUUUUGAUCCAGAUAAUAAAUUUCACACUCAUAAUGCAUCUCGUCCACAAGAACUACAUCUGGCCCAGGCGGACACUGAACAUAUUGUUCAGGGCAGUCAAAUUUAUGCAAAUUCACCUCCUGAGCCUAAAAAUCCACGUGGCUGGCUCGUUGAUCUGAUCAACCACUUCGGGCUUCACAAAGGAUUUGACAACUUCCAAGAUCGAAUGAAUUUGGAAAUUUCGAAUUUUCGCAAGCAAUGUUUGAAAGAUAAAUGCAACAGUGAUACAUCAAUUGCUAGUCCAUCAUAUACAAAAUGUGAAGGUGAAGAUAAUCCAGAAAAACUAACGCUCAAUACUUUGCACACCCUUUUGCAACCAUUUGGGCAGUGUGCAGAGUUUUUAACGGUAUCAACAGUUGAAAGGUAUUUCAUGCCGAUUUGGGACGUUGUUUUGGAUAUUUUGGAAUCCCUAUCAGACGAUGAGUUGAAACGAGAAGCCAAAUUUGAAGGAAAAAACGAUAUUAUAAAUGGUAUUGUAAAAUAUGCCCGUGCCUUGAUAAGUCAUGUACCAAAUCAGGAAAAUCUGCUGCGAGCGUUAGAAAUGUGUCGACUCAGAAUAAUUUUGCGUGUGUUGCAAAUUUCAAGCUUCAAUGGAAAGAUGAAUGCAUUAAAUGAAAUAAAUAAAGUGCUCGGGUAUGUAUCGUACUUCCCACAUCGGCAGAUUUCAGACGAAGACAACGAUAUACUGAAUGCAGAAAAAAUGGCGGAGUGGAUACGAGAAAACAAUGUGUUGGGUAUUGUUCUUCGCGAUUCAUUGCAUCAGCCACAAUAUGUUGAAAAGCUGGAGAAAAUACUCCGUUUUCUUAUUAAGGAGAAAGCGCUCACAUUUGAUGAUCUAGAUGCUGUGUGGCGCGCUCAAGCAGGAAAACACGAAGCGAUCGUUAAGAAUGUGCAUGAUUUACUGGCCAAGCUCGCUUGGGACUUCAAUACCGAGCAGCUGGACUAUUUGUUCAAGUGUUUUCAGACGUGCAUGAAAACAGCCAACAAAAAGCAACGCGAACGGCUUCUAGAAUUGAACAGACGUCUUGCAGAAGAUGAUAAAAACGGUGUGAUGGCACAGAAAGUACUGAAAUUGUUCUGGACACUGGCACACAGUGCUGAUAUACCGCCGGAAGUUCUGGAUCAAGCAUUAGCUUCCCAUGUCAAGAUUUUAGACUACAGCUGUUCCCAAGAACGUGAUGCACAGAAGACAAUUUGGCUGGAUAAGUGUGUAGACGAGCUUAAACGUGGCGACGACUGGGCACUACCCGCAUUGAGGCUCAUACGAGAAAUUUGUACGCUCUAUGAAACAACAACAAGCCAUACACAACGAAUCCAUCAGUUGCUUACAAGGCAACAGGUAAUUGACAGAUUGCAAAAUGAACAUACACUUGUAAUUUUGGUCACCACCAGCUUGACGAGAUAUAUGGAUAAAGUCCGAGCUCGUGUCAGGUUAGAGCCUUCACUAGACCCUAAAACUUUGCUGUUAGAUAUGCGUUAUCCGCAUCCCCAGCAAAUACAAGAACGGCUUGAGUUUCUCAAGUUCCUCCUUAAAGAUGGACAACUUUGGCUGUGCGCGGAGCAGGCAAAACAGAUCUGGCAAUGCUUAACCGUGAAUGCAGCAUUUCCAAGUGAUCGUGAAGAAUGUUUCAGAUGGUUUGGCAAGCUGAUGGGUGAUGAACCAGAUUUGGAUCCUGGAAUCAAUAAAGAUUUUUUUGAAAAUAAUCUUCUCAAGUUGGAUCCGGUUGUACUUACGGAAAGUGGCAUCAAAUGUUUCGAGCGAUUUUUCAAAGCAGUCAACUCAAAAGAAGAACGCCUCAAAGGAAAACAACGUGGCUAUGUUCUUGACAACGAAGAUUUGAUUGGAAAGGAUUACCUUUGGCGUGUAAUUACCGACGCAGAUGAAAAUAUUGCGUACAAAGCGAUCGACUUGCUUAAGGAGGUAUCGACCGCUCUUAGUUUAAGACUGCAGGCAAGCUUAACAGAGUUUCACGAAAAUUUUAUUGGUGAUUGUUGCGAUAGGUUGCAAAACUAUUAUGAAACUGUGAAAAUGUUAACAAAUCUGAUUGAUGAGAACGUCAAAACGCCAGAAGAUGAUAUCGUUAGCAGAAGACUAACAACGAUGAAAAAAAUGUGCCGUGUUGUAAAAACUUUGCAAGAAUACAUUAAAGAGUGUGAUAAAAACUUUACAGGAGAAAGAUUGUGGCUACCGUUGUGCAGGGCUUCGCGAGGAAAACAUAUACAUCUUUACGUCCGUUUCCAAUCUCCAGGACGACAGUUGGAGGAUUUGGAAAUAAUCACACACACCAACGAGACGAUUUGCUCAUUUAAGCGAAGUCUACUAAAACGAAUCAAACCGUCUACAAACCAUAUGAAAAUAGAUAUGUUCAACUGCAAUGGAGACUUGAUAGAAAUAGUCGAAGAUCACCAUCCGUUGUCCAGCUACAAUAUUCGGGACAAAACACUUAUUACAGUGAAGCUAACUCCCAAUGGAUCAGGAUUAGCUAGCUCACCUGAUAGUUCGAGUGAUACAAGUUCUGGGUCACCCCCCAGACCUUGCCCAGAUUUAAUAAAAUCCGACUUGGAAGAUAUGUUGCCGGGUGUAAUAAUUGCACAGAAAACGCAAUACAUAGAUUUUAUUCUCAAAAUGUAUCAGUUAGGUAGUGACUUACAGCAAGACCUGUUGCGGGAUAGCUGCAGCGCUCUGUUGCAUCUCUUGCCUAUAGAUAGGAAUACAGUAAAGAAAAUCCACACUUUGUGUAACAUAUACGAUUCUGAGGUUGAAAAUAAUGCUACUGCCCGUCAUCCAGAGUCACUUUUUGUUGAUCCCGCACCAGCACGCAUUCUGUACAAUUUAGAGGCGCUACAUGCAUUAUUAAUACCGGCACUAGAACCAAGAUCUGAGACAACGCUUUAUUUCCAAUCUUGCUGGUUGCAUUGCGGCGGUGGUCAGUUCAUGUUGGGAUUGUUAACCAAGAAUAACUUUUUGCCUAACGCUGACGUGCACACAAAACGGACUGCUUUCCACUGUGUGCUAAAGCUAGUCAAAUUCUUUUUGUACAUCAUGGGAUACGUCCAGAGCCAGGUUGGUGACAAUUCGCAAAACGUUCAUCAUGACGCUGAUCGUUCUCAUGUUGUUGUGCUAAAACAAGCUUUACAAGCGAUUUCGGAAGGUUCAGAACUUACUGUAAAGUCUAUGGCCAACAAAUUGGCUUCAAACAUAGCUGAAGAAAUGCUCUCAACUGGACCACAAAGCGAACAAUGUCGAUUUUUUUAUAGGUCAGCUAUUCAGCUAAACAUUCCGGAUUCAUCGACCAUAAAAGCUAUCGUGAACGUUGCAUGGGCAGCUUCCGGAGACAACAUUCAAAUGUUGGGUUCGGUGUUUGAUUUGAGUCAGAAUAUUUCCACUCCAAAGAUCGAGGAUUAUGCUGUUUGCAAAGAAGCGAUGGAGGUACUGUGCAUUUCGUUGAUAUUACACCAAAACGCAUAUGAAAAGCUUAGCAGAGAUAUUUCGUGGUCCAACUUCGUUACAUCUUUAGUACUUAUGAAUCCGUCAUGUCACAUACGACAAACAGCGUACGAACAGCUGUUUCUCAUCACAACGUAUUGCGCUGCCGAUCGAAAACCAUUCUUAUUCAUGGUAAAAUUAUUGGUGAAGCUUUUACACUCGAUCGUUGUUCAGUAUCAAGAGACAUGCUCAGAUUACUUCCAACUUUUUUGUCGCAUUUUAAACUACGGUUGCUCAUUAGGCUGGCCAUUACCUAUAUGCAAGGAAUUACUCACGCAAGAAAUUGAGUGGCUCCGUACUAUUCGCCACAAUGUUAAGAUAACAGGCGGAACCCAAGUACAUGAUGAUUUAUUAGAAGGACAUUUAUGUUUGACAAAAGAGCUUAUGUACUAUUUGAGUCCAGAAGUGAAAGCACUCAACAGCGAUUUGAUAAUGGAAAUUCUUAAUGACUAUUUGUUUAGUGCUUCGCGUCAGUAUUUGCUGUUGAGGAAAAAGUCGCAAAAUCUGGAGAGGAAUGCACCACCUCCUGUAUGCCGUAACCCACGAACAAUAUCGGCUGCAUGUGAUUUGCUGGUAGCCUUAUGCCAACAUAGCGUUAAAAAUACAAACAUAUUGGUCGAGAACUUAUUGGAAAUGUUCUGCACCAAUAUUGAGCCACUGCGCGAAUGGGAGUACCUACCACCGGUGGGACCACGCCCGUUCCAUGGAUUCUGUGGACUGAAAAACGCCGGUGCCACAUGCUACAUGAAUUCUGUGCUUCAACAGCUAUAUAUGGUCCCGUCAUUAAGGAUCGGAAUACUUUCCGCUCUAGGAGCUGCCGAUGAUUUAACUGAAGAUUUUAGCGGAAAUUUGGAUGCACAUACUGAUCGAGAUUCUAAUAAUGAUUCUUCAAAAAAUUACCAUGUAGUGAUCCUUAAGUACGUCCAAGCAAUUUUUGCUCAUCUUGGUCAUAGCUCCCUUCAAUACUACACACCUCGUGGACUUUGGGGCCAUUUCAAACUGCAAGGUGAGCCGGUCAAUCUAAGAGAGCAACAAGAUGCAGUGGAGUUUUUCAUGUCACUAUUUGAGAGUCUAGACGAAGGUUUGAAGGCAUUGGGAUAUUCUCAGUUAAUGGGUGCAACUCUAGGAGGCUGCUUUAGUGACCAAAAAAUAUGUCAAGAUUGCCCACACCGUUACAGCAAAAAUGAACCAUUCAGUGUUUUCAGUGUAGAUAUUAGGAAUCAUAGUUCUCUUACAGACUCUUUGGAGCAAUAUGUAAAAGGAGAAAUUUUAGAAGGAGCGGAUGCUUACCAUUGUGAUAAAUGUGAUAAAAAGGUGGUAACCGUUAAACGGCUGUGUGUGCGAAAGCUGCCACCUGUUCUAGCUAUUCAGCUUAAACGAUUUGAGUAUGAUUAUGAGAGAGUAUGUGCGAUUAAAUUUAAUGAUUAUUUUGAAUUUCCUCGCUUAUUGGAUAUGGAGCCAUAUACAGUAUCUGGACUGGCAAGAAUCGAAAGAAUGGUGAUUGACGACUGUGUUGAGGCUGAAGAAUCUUCAGAAACUCGUUACCAAUUAACCGGUAUCGUCGUUCAUAGCGGACAAGCAUCCGGUGGCCACUAUUUCAGUUUUAUUCUGCACAAGACUCCAGAUGGCGUUGAAAAAUGGUAUAAAUUCGAUGACGGUGAGGUAUCCGAAUGCAAGAUGAACGAUGAUGAUGAGAUGAAAGCACAAUGUUUCGGUGGAGACUAUAUGGGUGAAGUUUAUGAUAACAAUCUGAAGCGGAUGCAGUAUCGGCGCCAGAAACGUUGGUGGAACGCUUACAUGCUGUUUUAUACACGAUAUGACCAUGCUACAGUAAUGCAUGCAGAUAGCAUAGAGCAACUAUCUUUAUCAGAAAGUAAAAAUUGUGUUCUACCAAUGCCAUCUUCCAUAGAAAGAAGCCUAAGGACUCAAAAUAUUCGAUUUCUUCAUGCAAAAAGUAUGUUUUCAGUGGAAUUUUUUACCUUUAUGAAGAAGUUAGCUAGCUCACCCCAAAUGCUUAGUGGCGAAAAUGAAAAACAAUCUGCUGCCGAAGAGGAGUUAUCAUUACUGUGUUUGAAGUUGACAUCGCAGUUUUUGUUCCAUUCCGGAUAUCGGACAAAAAAAACUGUACGUGGUGCUGCUAUUGAUUGGUAUGAAAUUCUUUGCCAUCAUCUGCAAACAUCCCCACAUGCCAGACAGUGGUUCGCCACCGAGAUACUUCUAUCUCCAUCUACCCGCCUUAGUGAAUACCUAUUAGCAGCACCGUCUCCUGAAAUACGUACGGUUUUCGCUAAGGUGAUAGUGUUUUUCUGUCACUGUGCUGCCAAUGACGAGCCUUUACCUGAUUUGGAGGGCAGUAACUUAUGUGAACAGGUGCUCAUUGCAGUGCUUUCGUUAUUGAAUAAUGAUGUAGCAGACUUUGGAAAGCAUUUGCCUCAAUAUUUUAACUUAUUUAGUCUAUAUGCGGGUCUUGGAAUUUGCGAGAAACAACAGCUUAUAAAGCUAAACGUUCCUGCCAUCUUUAUGAAAGUUGCACUCGAUGAAGGGCCUGGGCCUCAAAUUAAAUAUCAGUAUCCAGAUCUGAGCAAACUGCACCAAGUUGUAUCGCAUUUAAUUCGAUCUUGUGACGUAUCAAGCCGAUGCCAAAGCUCUGACCAUACUUCACCCAUCAAAGCUAAUAUCUAUAUUGAUUCACAUGUAGCCUCUGAGUCUUUAAUGCCCUUGACUCCAGAAUGUGAUGAGUAUCUUUUCAACCGAGUUAGUUACAUUAAACGCUUGAUCGAGGACACAAACAUUGAUGAGGAUGGCAUAACGUUGCUACGAUAUUGCAGUUGGGAAAAUCCACACUUUUCGCGAUCGCUUCUAGCUGAGUUGCUGUGGCAUUGUGGUUAUGCAUACUGGCACGACAUGAGACACCACACGGAAAUGUUGCUUCAGCUGUUGCUCAUUGAAGAUUCGUGGCAGAAUCACAGGAUACACAACGCUAUUUUGGGCAUUUCUGAUGACAGAGAAGGCUUACUGGAUAUAAUUCAGCGUAACAAGUUGAACUAUCAAAAGAGAGCCUAUCAAUGCAUUAAAUGUUUGGUUCAACUGUUUAGUCGAAGCCGAGUUGCUUUGAAUAUGCUGCGCAAUACUAUGCAACUGCGCCGACAAUGGACACAUGCAGUGGAAUGGCUACAAGAUGAGUUGGAUAGACACCGAGGAUCGGGAGGACAGUACAACUAUAACUCUUGGUCUCCUCCUGCGCAAAGCAAUGAUAGCACCAAUAGCUUUGUAUUAGAAAGAUCACAAUCUGCCAAAAAUAUUCUGCAAAUGGCUUUUGAAAUAUGUCCAGAAGAGGAUAUCCAUGACAAAACUGAGCAAGAGAAGAAAAAGAGCGCUGAAAAUCAUCUGGAGGUACAAUCAAGUUAUGAAAACAUCGAGUCGUCUAAAGAUGAAUCCAAACCAAAACAGCUAACAAUUGCCGUGGAAAAAGACGGUAGUUUAUGUUCUAGUCCGUCUACUACCAGCGUGAAAAAAAACUUGUGUAAAGUGGACCCUAACACUGUAGAAAUUUUUGAUCAAUCGAAUUCCGAAAAAUACAUGACAACUAGUCAAGAUGUGGAUACCAUCGUUAUAAAAGCUGCUGAGCAUGAAACUUUAGAUCAUUCAAGCGAGAAGCCAUGAACCGAGCCUAGCAAGCAAAAACAGAACAUUUCUUCGUUCCACUCUACACUCAAUAGUUUAUGAUAAAUAGUGUAUAAUAAACAAUAAAUAUUAUCAUUGGA